AUGGUCCUCUACCGAGAGAAGACCUCGGUGUACGACAACGCCGCCCUCAUGGACCUCUACGGCAACACCAGUGGAGGACUGAGUGAUAUUGGCCUGUGCCUUGAUCACUGGGCAAACGGGCUGAUCAAUAGUGUCAAGGUCAGUGUCAUGGUAAUCCUUGGGGCCGUCCUGGUGGCCAGUUGCCGGUGGUCCAGACCGUUUGCUACAGGAUCCCGAGGACGAGCCACACCCGCUCUCAUCAGGGCCAUUUUGGCCUUCGGAAUUGUCGGAGGUGUUGGGGCCAUGGGGCCAUCGAGACCAACCCCUCGAUGCAGUGAGAGUUGGAGAAGACCUACAGACCUGGAGCUUUGGGCUGCGGGACAACAGACCUACCGGGAGCAAAUGAUAGCGGCGAACAACCGAGUGAUAUGGGAGAGACCAAUCUAUAGUGGAGGCUCCCACUCGGACAACAUCUAUGCCCACGGGCCACCACGACUUCCCGAAAACCCGCCGCUAUCACCAGACGAACUUGACGACGGCGAGGUGGAAUGGCAUGACAUUGCCGAGGACGAGGAGAGAACUACACAUAUCUCUUUCUGGGUCUCUUCUCCAUAUUGGGAGCCGGAGUCGCUCGAUGUGGCACUACAGUUCCCCAUCACCGAGCGACGUGUCACGGAGAUCAUUGCGGACUCGGUGCGGCACCUGCAACAUGACUGGUUGAAUGAUAUGGUCCCGACCUGGCCGCAGCUCAGUGCGGAUUAUGGAAGCUACAUCAUGAUCCCGUCCUGGGUCAGGGAGUCGGAGAAUACAACGGUCGUCCUGUUGGAUGGGCGGCGAUUCGACAAAGGGGUCUUUCCGAUGUACUUCCGAGGCCCCCUCACCAGAACGGCUGUAUUGCGGAUGCUGGACAUUGACCCCGCGGCACCGGCAGCUGUAUAUGUGGGAGGAACAAUGGUCCCUCUCGUAGAGGGCGAACAGUUUACGACCUGCCAGGGAAGCCUUGUACAAGUCCUUACCACCAGGGACAAUGUUGGAUGGCACGGUGCCAUAUCGGAACGUUUCGAAGACCCGAUGCUCUGGAACCCGGACACAGAACACCCUGCCAACAUCCUUGGACAGUACAUUGAGUUCCAGUCUGCCCACGCGAACUAUCUGCACAGGCUACACCGGCGAGACGACAGCACCCCCAUGGAAAUUGCCAGCGAGGCCUACGAUAUGCCCCCGCAGGCAUUCUGGCUCCGGGCACCUACGGAGAGACCAGAACGGCUAUGUCUCAGGGGCCGACGAGUUCACUCAGAGAUUGCUGUGGUUGAACAUGCGCAGCAUGAUCGUGAACAGGCAAAGAUCGUGAUCCUGGACCUCCGGCCUAUCGGCCUGUGGGUCCAGUGGGCAGUGGCCGACAACGGCAUCUUUGAGCCGGGCAUCUACUUGGAGGGCCUGCAGCUUGAAGUCGUGGAAGGAUACUCGCUAGUUGUCCACGGUGGUGUCAAACAAAGGAACCGCCGAUUGCUCAAAGUCGAUGACGGCGAGGUUCUAAAUGUCACCCUGGAGGAAACCAGGCAUCUUACGCCAGAAGAUGACAGUGACGGUUCUGACGGUGGCCUUGAUGAUGAGACAUCGGAGGGAGAGGACCCAAUGCCCAACUCCUCAGACCUUUCUGGCCCUGAUACACCACCGGUGGGACCAGGCCCUUUCGGACCACCACCGCCACAACCAGUCAACAGCAGGAGCCGAUCGCCUAGACGCGACCACCGCCCAGAAGAGGGCCCCGAGGAACCUUAUGUUGUGGCCCUCAGCAAACAUCUCCCACCAGUGGCCUUCGAGAUGGACGUGAACUGUAUCCAAAUGCCCCAUCGUCACGACCUGCUCAGCCGUACAUUUUGGACCUGGCCACCGAACUGGAUGCAGUACGAUAUCACAAAUCUUCCGCUGAAGGAGGCUACCAAAGGAGCGAUGCACCGCCUAGUGCACUGGAGCCAAGUCAUGGCGGCGAGAACUGACCAGCAGCGUCUCGAGGCCCACAUCUACACGGACGGCUCGUUCUAUGAAGCAAAGGGCCGCACCGUCCAAUGUGAUGCGAGUGAUGUGUGGGCAUUCGCAGCACCGCAAGCUCUCAAGGUUGAACAGAUUGCUGUUGCAGCAGCCUUGCUGUGGGUCGGACAGAGCCGGAUGAGCCUCCCACUGGACAAGGUCCUCAUCGCCUACGACUGUCAAGUGGCAGGAAUGGGGGCCACGGGCCACUGGCAACACUACGGCGAGUUUGGCGGCAAAGUGAGGGCACUGGAAGCAACGGUCGAGGAGAUGAUGUAUGGCACUUUGGAGAUGCACCACGUCAAGGCCCAUGUGGGCCAAGAGUGGAAUGAGCUCGUUGAUGUUGUGGCUAAAGCGUGUACCGAGCCUGGCCAUGAGAUCCCCACCGUGCCGGAUGAUGUGUGCCAGGCCUUUAUGGAUUUGGACAUGAGAUGGACCAUGAGCACCCUUCGAGCCGGACGCCUGCAGGACCUCAACGUGCAGGCGGGAGAAUGGCUUAUCACACCGGAACGUCAACCAGACAUGGCCAGCCCCCUCGGACCGGAGGACCUGAUCCCAAUGACCACCCGCCAGCCUCGCGAUGGUCGCAAGACAGCCCACAAGUUCAGUCUCAAGUGCCUGUCUGUCAACAUACAGGGACUCAAGGGCAAGCACCGCUACCUGGACGAGCAGUGGAAUUAUGGACAGUACCAGCUGAUCUUCAUCCAAGAGACCAAGGACGCUGAAGGCAGCACAGCGAGCUGCAACUACUGGAGAUUGGCGGCCCCCUCUCAAGCCCACUGGGGGACGGCGAUAUGGGUCAGCAAACAGUGGGGCUGUAUGACUGUUGACGACCAGCCCUUGAUGAUUGCGCCGGCGGAUGUACGGGUACGGUAUCAGGGACCAAGACUACUUGUCAUGGAAAUCACCAAAGGCGACCUCGUGAUCAUCGCUUUCUCCGCGCACAUCCCCCAUGCAGCAAAAGCAACUGAGAGGGAGGACUUCAUGAAAAAGCUGGAAGAACAGCUCAGGAGUGCACCGAGGGCGAACAUCACCGAAGGCGUUGUGGAUCGUCAAGUGAAAAAGUCUCGGAUGCGAGUGGUGCCGGAAAAGGGCAUCAAACAAGCGGGUCCACUCAGUCUGAGUGGAAAGAUGGGGAUCGUGCCCCGCCGCCGGGGAAUGGCGGCCAGGCGCGAGCUGGAGAUGAUGGUGGAGGUCGCCAAUCUCACGCCGGAGAUGACGACCCCUGGACCGAUGGAGCGGAUCCAUGGCAGCAGCGCCGCUGGAAUGACGGCGGCAGAUCCACCUGGAGCGCGACUACGGCGCCCACUACGGGAGACGACAGAUGGUCGUGGAGCCAUCAUCGAGGGAAUCACGAUCGAGGAGAAUGGAGGCGAGACUGGGACGCUGAUCAGCGAGGAGAUGGCUACUGGGCAGACGGACGCGAUGGAGGGUUUCGCGGACGCGAUCAGGGAGGCCAGCGAGGCGAUCCCUGGGCAGAUGGUCGAGACCGUGGACCGCGUGGCCCAGAUUCGGGAGUGCUUGGAGGCGCUCCGUGGGCGGAUGGUCGAGACCCUGGCCUUCGCUUACACGAUCAGGGAGACCUUUGCCGAUGGAAUGAUGGCCGUCAUCUUCGAUUACCCGAUCAGGGAGACCUAUGCCGCUGGAAUGACAGCCGAGAUCGUGGACAACGGCGGGUCACAAAGUGGAUGGCGAGGUUGGGACGAUGACCAAGGCCGCGGUCCCCGUCCCACCGAGAAGGUGAACGUCCCAACGUUCACGGCGGAGGAAUCUGAGGACCUCGGCAACUCUGCGCGAUCUUACUUGAGGCAGAUUGAGGUGUGGAAGAGAAUCACUAGACUACCAGUCAACCAGUUGGGCUUGAUCCUCUACCAACACCUUAGUGGGAAAGCCUGGAUUGCCGCCGAGGAGCUGUCAGUGCAAAGGCUCAGCUCCAAUGAAGGACUCCACUACUUCACGAGCUGGGUGUCUGCGAGGUUCUUGGACCUGGAGGUUGCGAGAAUAGGACGGGCCUUUUCAGACUUCUUUCGGAAGCUCCGCCGCCGCCCAGGUCAGACAAUCAGGGAGUACAACACGGAGUACGACAGACUCCACGGCCGCCUCAGGGAGGUCGGGUGCUCUCUUCCUGAAGAGUGCUCGGCAUGGCUUUACUUGGACCGCCUUCAGUUGGAUGAGCCUCAAGAACUUAACCUUCUUGCCAGUGUUGGAAACCGGUAUAGUUUGCACCACUUACAGCAUGCUGCAGUUCUACAUGAUCGUGGUCAAAGGAAGCCCUGGGAAGCUAACGCUAAGCCGAGGCGUACCAACUACACCCACAUGACGGACCACGACCUCGAGAGCGACGAGGAGGACCUGCUGAACGGCGAAGAGGGCAUCCCGGAGGAUGUGGCGGAGGCCUACGUGACGUACCAGUCCGCCAAGGACCGGUACCGCGCCCAGCAGCGCGGAAGAGGCCCGACUGGCGACAAAGGCGGAAGUCCCGAUGGCCAGCCACCGGGAGGAGCAGAACGGCGACCUGGAGAGAAGCGCAACUCGGAGCACGAGUCGAGGAUCAAGGCCAUGAAGGCAAAGAGCUUUUGCAGUGGAUGUGGCCGUAAAGGCCACUGGCACAAAGAUGAUGCGUGCCCUUUGAACAAGGGCGACAGCGGUGCGAAGGGCGAGACCGGGGCGAGUGUGGCCAUGACGACGGUGCUCCCGGCGGACGUCUUUGCCUUAAAGCACGUCCCGAACAUGUUGCUCGGGGUGGCGGACACGGCGUGUGCCCGAACGGUGGCGGGAACCCAGUGGCUCCAGUCCUACACGAACCUGCUGGAGGAGUUCGGGCGGAAGCCGGUGCUACAGAAAGAGUGCGAGGCCUACCGGUUCGGGACAGGAAAGGUCCAUUACAGCUCCUUCUACGUGAUCGUGGCCUUCAGACUUGGGGGUUUCAACAUCCAGGUGCGCACCUCCAUCAUCGCCGGCGACAUCCCGUUGCUCCUUAGCAAAACUGUGUUGGGCAAGCUUGGGAUGGUUUACGAUGUCCAGAACGGGAAGGCCGAUUUCAAGGCGAUCAACUUGAUGAACUACGAGCUCACGAACACCUCGUCUGGACACCCGGCAAUACCGAUCGUCCCUGUCGAUGUUCACUCUGGCGGAACGCCAAACCUACAGGUUGAAGACCUUCGACUUCAGCAGGCUGAGCAAUACAUGACCGUCUAUGCAGUAGCACACCAUGGACCCCAAGCCCCGAAGUAUUCCGGAAUCUUCUACGACAAGAAACUCGACCCGAGCACCCGAGACAUGUUGAGUCAGGACCGUUUGCAGCGCGACGUGUUUGUCACAUGGUGGGAGAAGUCGAAGUUUGAUCGUGACUUUUGGUUAGAGACACCUUACAUGUGGGUGAGAGUGCACCUUGUUCCUCGGAGGGCGAUGUUUAAUCCUUCUACCUGGCGUACGGGUUCAACAGUCCAGAGGGAUAUGCUGGUCUCUUCCAUUGGAGAUGUUCGCGUCACAGAGUGCGUCUGUUGCAAGACUGGUGGCUGGAUAGAGUCGACUGUAGACCGAUGGCUGCCAGGACAAAUCGAUCAGGCAUGCUCCACCAAGGUGCCGGUGAGCCGCAUGACCAAGGCGCAGUUGCUCCAGGAGGCGCUCAGAGUGGGAGCCACCGUUCACCACACGUGGACGGUGGUGGAGCUGAGGGCCACGAUCCGCGACCACGUCGACACCUUCCACGAGAAGACCCCGGGACAGAAGAUGAAAGGGCUCAGCUCGAUGAACUUACCGGACCUGAAGGAGAAAGCCCGCGAGAUGGGGGUGAUGGUUCCGGACAAGAUCACCAAAGGGAACCUACUUCGUCUCAUCAGGAGCACGGUGAGCACCGAGAGCGACACGGUCAUGACGAUCGGACGGUGGAAGGGGAGUCUUUAUCGGGAGAUACCAGACUCCUACGGCAGCUGGGCGGCGGCGGAGGUGGCACGUUCCCAGAACAGCUCACCCGAGCUGGCGAUGUUCGCCCGAUGGUGGCAAGCCCAGCAGCUCAACAAGUCGGCGACGGCCGAGAUCCUGGACGAGGACAGCGAGGCGGAGCCCAAGGCGAGCACCCACAAGACCUCAACGCCAUCGAGGGGAUCGUGGGACGAGGUGAGCAUCGUGAACGACAAGACGCCGGACAAGGGCUACCCGGCCCAUCGUGGGAAGGGGAACACAAAGGCAACGCCGAAGCGUCUCAACUGGGAGGCGGAAGAGAAGGCCGAGAAGAUCAUGGAGGCGGAGCCGAGCCCCGAGGCGUUAGCGGCAGUGAAAUUCGAUGUGGGGCCUCCCGGCCCCACGUGUGGCAUCGGCUGCCAUCGACAGCGAAAGUGGGAUGUGGCGUGCUGCGGUGAAGUAUGUGACGAAGACCGUAUAUCUGAGGUUGAGUAUGUGCGGGGCUACUAUAAUCAAGCCGUGAACUUCAGCACCACCCACGAGCCAGUGAGGAAUGACGGCGAUGCCACCGGCCUCUCCUUUGUGAAGGCUCACGACAACAUGCACAACGAUCGUCGGGAUGGAGUUCGAAAUCCUUGCCCACUACGUUUCGGUGACGAGUCUUUCCCUUGGGAAGAUCACUCGUUUGAGGCCUGUCAAAGACUCCUCGGAUCUACGUUCACACCCAACAACUCGGCUUCGCUGAGGCCGAUCCAACGAGGAGAAGGAGGCGAAGACGGCGAGCUCUACCUCACCGUCGGGAUGUACACCCACGGCGGCGUGCACGGGAUCACCCGCGCAACCAAGGACAGCGACGCCAUCGUCCGCUACCUCAAUCACUUUGGGAAACGGCACCUUGGCGAGCAGGCUACGUGGUCUUCCAUAUCCAUCACAAAGAAUGUCUCUUGCGAUAUCCACCGCGAUUCCAACAACCUGCGAGGAUCCCAGAACUACUGCGCGACGUUUGGACAGCGAGCCGGCGGGGAACUCUGGUUGGAAGAGGAGAUUGACGAGGACGGUGCCGGCGACAAGGAGAUUGUGUGGAAGCGUGAUAGGACUGGGUCCUGGGUUCCUGGUAGGCACCACAACACAAAGAACGACUUCGUCGCCUUCGACCCGUUCCUGCGACAUGCCACCAAGGAGUGGCAGGGAGAGCGAUGGUGCAUCACUUACCACACCGUGCGGGGGGCGAGCGAGGUCGGGAACGAGAUCAAGAAGUUCCUCAGGCGAAGUGGUUUUCCUUUGCCGCGGCUUACCAAGCCCGGCAAGACGACUACGAGACCCAAGCCAGCAAAGAGUGAAAGAAAAUCGAUUAUGAAUGCCGCCGGGAAGAUCAGUGUUCUGAUGGCCACCUUUAUGGCAGCGGCGGCUAGCUACGUGAGUGAGGUACAGGAGCCCAAGGCGGAGUACGACCCGAUCGUGAUGAUGGAGAUUGGCGGCUACGAGGGCACCUACGAGGCAACAGCGCUGAGCAAGAUGGUGAUCGAGCCGAUCAUGUGGAAGGACUAUGAGGACCCGGAGGUCCAAGAGAAUGCCCACCACUUCGUGAAGGGCGCGAGCCCAAAGGAGCUGCGGAUCCACCUGGACGGCAUGCCUGCAAAGGUUGAGGACGCGAUCGAGAACCUGAUCAAGGACCAAAUCCACGAGGCAGGAGAUGUUGUUCUACGAGGCAGCGAAUUACGUUUGUGGGAGACUAAGUUCGUCGACUACGUGAAGUACAAGAACGGUGCCAAUGGCGACCACUGGCUCCUACUGGGACGUCCCAAAAGGGACGGAACUACGGUGAGCGGCUUUCCACGGCCGCACGAAGUGUGUAUGGUCGGCCAUGACGGCGAUGAAAAGAAGGCCAUCAAUCUCGAUGGGACGGGCAUCACCUUUGAUGAUGGGGUUCCGGGAAUCCUACAGAGCUCGUUGCGGAGGCUACACCAGAAUUUGGGCCACCCCAGGGGGGAAGACCUGUGUCGUCAUCUCAGACUCGCAGGGUGUGAGCCGAAUGUGAUCAAGGCCGUCAAGGGCAUGAAGUGCGAAACUUGCCAGGCAUCUAAGCACGCUCAGAUUGCGCGGCCCACUGCAAUGCCCCGACUGCUUGACUUCAACUCCUGCGUCGGGGUUGACAUCUUCUACGCCCACGACGCCCUCGACAAGCGCCACGCGUUCCUCACUGUGGUUGAUUGGGCCACCACCUACCAGGCCGUUAUGAAGCUUGAGCACGAGGAUGGCCCUUCAGUCGAGAGGGCCUUCAACACAUGCUGGCUGACACCAUUCGGGCCACCAACCACGGUGUCCCUCGACCUCGACGGCAAGGUACAAGCUGGACUCGGUCGCCUAUGUGAUUGGCACAACAUCAAGAUGAAAGACGUUGCCGCCCAAGCUAAAUGGCAAGGGGGGGUGACCGAGCGCCAAAUCGGAUGGUUCAAAGGUAUUUGGGAACGCGUUGUUCACGAGCUCAACAUCGAGGGCGAGGAGGCCGAGUUAGCUGGAGCUCUGGUGUGCGCGGCGAAGAACGACUUGAGGAGGAGGUGUGGGCACAGUCCCACACAAUGGGUCCUCGGGAAGUCACCCCGCAUUCCCGAAGAACUCUGUGAUCCUGAUUCCGGAGGUACCGUGACCUGGGAUCUGACGGAGGACUCAAAGUUCCAGAGAGCAGCGGCUAUCAGGGCGAGCGCCAGAGUGGCGUUCCACCAAGCCCAAGGAGAUGAUCGACUACGGCGAGGACUACUACAUCGGGCCAGGACAGCCAAGGCCACUUAUGAGGUCGGGGAGCCGGUGCAUUACUGGGACCAGCCCAAAGACCGAAGGCGGCCUCACUGGAUUGGGCCGGCAGUCAUCGUCGGCCGCCAAGGCGGCAACUACUGGGUGUCCAGAAAUGGACGCUGCCGGCUUACAGCGCCGGAGCACUUGAGAAGCUCCGGGCCGGAGGAGAUCGGGGAGUUCCUCACCAUGAGAGGGGUCAGAACCGAGGUCAACAAGCUCUUGGCUAUGGACCUGGACGACCCCGACACCUAUAUGGACGUCGACGGCGAGGAAGGGGACCGCGCUGGGACGAUCGGAGACGACUACCGCGAGAGUGUCAAGAGGAAGGACGACGGAGAAGACCACCUCUCCGAGUACGAGCCUUCGGAGGACGAGAUCGUGCUCAGUGGCGACGAGGCCAUGCCAAUGGACGGCGGCCCCGAUGCCACCCUGGAACAUGUACUACCUCAACGCCGUCUCCGACGUAAGACCAGAAGACAGGAUGUUCAGGCCAAUCCAGGCCAGGUUCUGCUCACCCACAAGGCCCUUACCCAGAGAGGCCAAGCGAAGAGGCAAGAGAAAGAACUACGUUGGUCAGAGAUACCGGAGAGUGCCCGACCCUUGUUCAAAGAAGCCGAGAAAGUCCAAUGGGAAGAACACCUGAGCUACGACGCCCUGGAGCCACUUACGAGCGAACAGUCCAAAUGGGUCCGGGCCAACGUUCCUUCCUCCAGGAUUCUGCCGUGCAGGUGGGCCUACCGCGACAAGAACUGGGCAGCCAGAAAGAGCGCAGAACAAGCUGAAGGUGAGAGCGAACCCAAAUGGAGAUGCAAGAGCAGGUUGGUUAUCGGAGGGCACCGCGAUCCCGACUUGGGGGUCAAAGACCUGGACACGGACGCGCCGACUUUGUCGCGUCCUGGGCUACUUUGCCUGAUGCAGCUCCUAGCCAAUGGUUUAAAGAAGGAGGACCCUUGGACUGCCGCCGCCGGGGACAUCCAGUGCGCCUUCCUCACGGGCGGCUACUUGACUAGAGGAGAGGACCUCUACCUACACCAGCCGGCGACUGGGUUCCCAGGCCUUUUGCCGGAUCAGCUGAUCCGCAUCAAGAAGAAUAUCUUCGGACUGGCUACGUCACCGCAUGAGUGGUGGAUGGACCUGCAGGCCGGAAUGCUGAAGGUCAAGAUCGACUACGAAGGUGCCGUCUACUCCUUUGAGCCGUGCCCGCUUGACCCAUGUAUAUUUGCACUGCGCAAAUUGGAAGGCGAGAAGCACACUGGAAGGCCCAUAGGGUAUGUUGGGACACACGUCGACGACCUUCUGGUCAUCGCCGGCAAGAAGGUGAACAAGCUCAUCCAGGCAGGCCUGUCGGAAGCCUUCCCGGUGGACAAGUGGGAAGAAGGACACCUCGACUACGUCGGCACGGAGAUCCUAUGCGGAGAAGAAGAGGUGAUGGUCACGCAGAGAAAGUAUGCCGCUACGAGACUAUUUACCCUGGACAUCCCCAGGGGAGUUGACGAUGAGGACCUGGCGGGCCCGGAGCUGAUUGCGGACAACCAGUCCUUGAUAGGGGCUUUGUCGUGGCUGUCAUCUCAGACGCGCCCCGACCUCACCUGCUCGGUGAGUUUGGCGCAACAACUCCAACGACAGCCGACGAUAGCUGACUUGAAGUUUACCAACCAGAUCUCCAACCGCGCCACUGCCUACAAGGAGCAAGGCCUACGCUUCCGACCGCUGCCGGAGGACUUUGGGGUGAUCGUCUACCACGAUGCGGCAUGGGCGAACGCUCUCGACGACGAGGCCGAGGACGAGCACUUCCGUUUGAGCGAGGAGGACAAGGUGACCGGCUUGAUGACGGAGGGUCCCUUUGGCACCAAGCGCGAAAGAAAGGCGAAGCGACAGAAUUCCAAGGUGGCUUCGCAGAUUGGUGCCUUGGUUUUGUUCGCAGACAUGCAGUCCGUCAAGGGGGGGAUCGGCAACUUCUCCAUUGGAGAUUGGCGUUCACGAGCUGGCCAAAGAGUUUGCCGAUCAACCUUCGGAGCCGAGACGCAAGCCUGCGUUGAGGGAGUCGAAGGGGCCCAGUACAUGCGGUCCUUCAUCGAGACCUUGAUGACCGGGGAACUCGUGAUGGUCGAGGCAGCUCGGGCCCCUCUUCUAUGCCUGAGCGAUUGCAGAUCCCUGUUUGACCAUAUCCACAAACAGGGCAUCCCGAGGGUGCCUACAGACCGACGGCUCGCCAUAGAUUUGGCGGCUUUGAGACAAAGCCUCAAAAAGGAACAGUGGGCAAACAAGCUGCCAUUAGGAUGGGUCCCCAGCCACCUCCAACACGGGGACGUUUUGACAAAGCCCGGGGAUCCCGGAGUAUGGUGGGACGCACAGGCCGCCAAACUGGCGGUACCCAUCAGCUUGUCAGAGGCGAACAUCACCGAAGGCGUUGUGGAUCGUCAAGUGAAAAAGUCUCGGUGCGACGAGGCCCGGGAUGGCAGUGCUUGUGUAGACCCCUUAGAGUUUGUUAGGGAGAGCGCCACCUUCCAGCAUGCGCUGGGCCAUCGUCAUCGCAUUGACUUCUUGAUGGUGGGUGGAGAAGCCCAUGUCACAACUGCCUGUAGCUGGGUAGAGCAUGAACUGGACCUGGCGUCCCAACGAGAUGAUCACUGGGCGGUUGCCAUGCAGCUUGGUGGCUACACAUCAUGGCGAUCGCGCCCGAGAGGCUUGGCCAAGCCUAAGUAUGACCGCCACAAGAUGAUGACGACCGAGGGCCGGGCGAUCCUGGCGAAGGCUUGGAAAGCCUAUCAACCUCCGCCGUGGUGGGAGCACGUUGACAUACAUUGCCGUCACAUGCAGAACUACGUCCUGGACGUCCUCAACCGGCACUUCACGAUCGAGCAGGGCCGCCCACGUGCCAGAUACAUCACGGAUGAAAUCUGGGAAUGGCCGGCCAAAAAGAUGCGGUUCAAACAGAAAGUCCAGCACAGGAGGGGCCUAUGGAAGGAGCUGGUGGACAAAGCGUUUCAACAAUGGCGAGGAGAUGGAGUACAAGGGCUGGAAAAGCUGAUGCAGACGGAUUGCCUGCUCUACCAGCUCGCUUCCACAGCCAUUGGGGUGAUCACACAGAGGAUCAAGCGGGCAAUGACCACCAGCAAAAACGACCACCUCCAGCAGAUUGUGACCACUGGCCCACAAUCGGCAUGCCAGCUCCUUCGUCGAGUACGUGGAAUUGGCAUUGGUGGCAAGCGAGCAAACUCGGGCCGCCGACCGCUACCAGCCCUGGUUGAUGGAGACGGCAAGGUGGCAAACAGCCAGGAGCAACAUGACACCAUAUGGCUCAACCACUUUGCUGAGCAAGAGUGUGGUACCUGUAUGCGUGUCGAGGACUACCUGGCAGAAAAGGACGGGCCGCGAAUGGCCCAAGACGCCAUCCAAUGGCAUAUCGACGAGUUGCCAACCCUCCAAGAGGUCGAGACGGUCCUGAGAUCAGUCCCGGUUGGAAAAGCCUUCGGCUUGGAUUUGAUCCCUGGAGAAGCCCUGGUGGCUUCGCCGCCGGAUGCAGCGGCCAUGCUACAUGCAUUGAUGGUGAAGGCCGCUGCUGGCCUGCAACAACCACUGCAGUGGCGCGGAGGCGCCAUCCACUCAGCAUGGAAGGGAAACGGGGAUAUGUCCCUCACCAGCAACCACCGGUCGUUGUUCAUAUCGAGCGUGGUCGGCAAGACAUAUCACCGCCUACUCCGGAACAAAUCGGGGAAAUACCUGCAGGCGGAGCUACACGAGAUGCACCUCGGUAGUAAGGCUCGAUGCCCCAUCACGUUCUCGACGCUCUACAUCCUGAGCCACAUGAGACGGUGCCGCGCAAGAGCCCGCUCAGGAGGAGUGCUGUUCUUGGACACGACCGCGGCCUACUACUCCGUACUACGGGAAGCCGUAGUGGGAGAUAUCAGGUACGAUGAGACGAUCGCCCGGUUGAUGAAGAGGUUCAACAUGGACGCGGAUGACAUGCGAGAGCUAUGGCAAGUCAUUCACAAUGGAGGGGUCUUGGGUGAGGCAGGCGCCCCAGCCGCCAUCCGUGCCAUGAUCCAGGACGUACACCACCGUACUUGGUGCGUCUCAAAGCACACAACUGGCAGCACCCUCGCCACCACGUACGCUGGAAGCCGGCCUGGUGAAUCUCUGGCGGACGCGAUCUUCGCUUUCAUUUAUUCGAGAGUGAUUGGUCGGGUCUUCGAAGUGGCACAUGGGGAGGGCCUGCUCAGCGAGGUGGGGUACGAUGAGCACAGUGGUGCUUUUGGAAAGCCUCGUAGUGGCACGGAGGUCGUCCUGAGGCCUAACUUACGACGCGGCAAGACCAUGGCCAUUGUGUCGGUCGUUGGCCAGGGCUCCUCAAAAGCUCGACAUGAGUUCUUUGACCAUGGCCGCCCAGUGCUGCAAUUGCAAGAUUUGCAACUGGAGGUGGGCAUCGCCCCACAAUAUGUCCACCUGGGUGGUGUGGUGGACACAGGCUGCACCAUGAAGCCAGAGAUGAGACGCAGAUUGGCCCAGGCCGGGGCAGCCUAUGAGGCUGCGCAAGGACUGUUGUUCAACAACAAAAGACUCCCGGUGACUACACGGGCCCAACUGUUCCACACCACCAUCCUCUCGACCUUCUACAACCUUGCGAUCUGGACACCGGCAGGCCCGGCAUGGGAACAGAUGGCAAGUGGUUAUACAAGGAUCCUGAGGAGAUUGCUGGGACCCAACGUGGGAUGGCAACGAGUGUACCGAAUACCGGGCCCAUUUGUCCACCUGGCGACUGGACAGUGGCGUCUGGAACAUGAAGCCGUCAAGAGCCGAAUGAGCCUCCUGACGGCAAUGACAGGAAACGGCCCGACGGCGCUCUGGGCCAUCCUACAACAAGAACAGACAUGGCUCCAGGUGAUCCAGGACGACCUCCAGCAAGUCGCCACGGAGUACCCGGAUCUACCAAGAGCGCGGGAUGCAGAGUGGGCCAACUGGGUCGACUACCUGCAGAAGAGCCCAGGUCAAUUUAAGGCCAGGGUAAAAAGGAUGCUCCAGAAGCAACAUGACCGGCAAUGCCAGGACGAAACUCAGCAGGUCGGUCUGUGGGGUCUAUAUCGUCGUGCUGUUCGUGACCUACCGGGCUGGGAGUGCGAGUCAACAUGGAGCUGCCGGAUGUGUGAGAAGCCAUUCAAAUCCAAAGGUGGGCUUGGGGCCCACAUGUUCAAAGCCCACAGGAGGAUGGCAACAUACAGGAGCUGUGUGGUCGGAACUGCAUGCAAAGCCUGUGGGCGAGAGUUCUGGUCUACGGCACGGCUUGCAACCCACCUCAGAGAUGCCCCUGCCUGUGUUAACGCACUGCGAGCUGCAGGGAUGACCACGGAAUCCGUGAAACCAGGGAUGGGCAGUCGUGCUGCGCGCCAGGCCUACACGGAGGAGUACAACCUCGCCCCGACUGGGAGGAUAAACGACACCCUUGUGGCCCCCGACGAGGUCAAAUGGCCGGACACGCAAAGGGAUGCGUACAGACAGAUCUGCGAGGAGUUGCACCAGUACGCACACUGGAGCAAGGAGGAGGAGGUCAGGUGUGGCAUCCUGCGGGUCCUCAAGCAAUUCCCCCUGUACUUCCUGGAGGAGCAGGAGAUCGUGAUCCGCCUCGGGACGGACCUCGAGGAGCUCAAGAAGGCGGAGAUCUGCGAUCCCUGGAGUCCGGAAGUCUUUGCUAUUGUCUACGCAGCAGUCAUGGAGGCGGACGUGUGGCUACAGCCGUACUAUGUUGGUGACGGCGAGUGCACCGACACGGCCAGCUACGAGAGCUCUCUCCGACGGUUCCUAGGUGGAGAGAAGCCAGACUGGGGCGAGGUGAUCCAGGCGAGUCGUGAGAAGUGCGGGACCCUAGCAUGCAAACUGUUUGAACUGGAUGGAUCCUGGGAAGCAGAUGAAGGACCAUCUAGUGGUGCGUGUGCUACAUCUGCCGCGCUAUACGACCCGCUGUGUUUUGUCCCCGGAGCUAUAGUGACGUUAUGGCAGCAGGUCUGCAAUGGCCAGGUCAGUGCUGUCUCGGCGUCUGAAAAGUUCUGGAAGAGCCCCUACGGCCCCGUGUUCCGGGCCCUGCGGGCUGAUGUGCAGAAAUAA